CAUUUACCCAUCACAUUUCAGGAUUGUUAUUAACAACUUAAUUUAUAUCUAAAAUCGUGUAAGCUAGAUUAAUUAGAUUAUCUGGAAGCCUAACGUGGUAAAAGUCAAGUUCUAAUAUAAAUUAUUUUAUUGGUCAUCGUGUAUUAUUCAUUAUAAUUAUAUUCACCAAUUUUCAUUUGAUAAAAGUCGAUGAUGGGGAUCAAAACAUUCUAUAGAGGACAAAACAUUUUCAUAACAGGUGGUACCGGAUUUAUGGGAAAAGUAUUAAUUGAAAAAUUAUUACGGUCUUGUCCGGACAUAAAAAAUAUCUACGUUCUAAUAAGACAUCGUAAAGGCUAUGACAUUACCACAAGAGUCAAUGAUAUGUUAAACUUACCACUGUUUGAAAAGAUAAAAACGGAGAAUCCUGGUGUUGCUGAAAACAAAAUCAUACCUGUAAAAGGUGACUUGAGUAAAAUUCGGCUAGGAUUAAGCGAUGACGAUUACAACAUGUUGACUGAAAAUGUAUCAAUCGUAUUUCACGUAGCUGCAACAGUUCGUUUUGAUGAUCCCAUCCACGAUGCAAUUAUAAAAAAUGUGAGAGGAACCCGUGAAGUUGUACAGUUGGCAAAACAAAUGAAAAAUAUUUUGGUGUUUUUACAUGUAUCAACAACUUACUGUAAUUGUAACAGAGUUUUUGUGGAAGAGAAAGUUUAUGAAUCUCCAAUCAGUUGGCAAGAUGCAAUUUUAAUCUCAGAAAAUUUAGAUCCAAAACUAUCUCAAACGUGUUCAAAAAAGUUUUUAGGAUCAUUUCCAAAUACAUACACUUUUACAAAGCUAUUGGCCGAGAAUAUAAUUGAUGAAGAAGUUAAAAAAAAAGAUAAUAAAAUGAAAAUGGUUAUAUUCAGACCAUCAAUAGUCAUAUCGACGAUCAAAGAACCUAUUGUCGGAUGGAUAGAUAAUGUAAACGGGCCAGUCGGUCUUAUGACAGCAUGUGGUAAAGGAAUAUCUCUUGUCACGUAUGCUGAUAAAAAUAUAACCCCGGACUUUAUGGCUGUUGAUGUGUCAAUUAAAGCAAUUAUUGUAGCCGCUUAUCACAGCGGGACGCACAACUCAUCGAUGGACAGUAAGCUUUCUGUGUACAACGGCUCGUCAUUAAAGAAAUCUGUGAGCAACAGUAUGUUGAUGGAAUUUGCAGUGAAAUAUUUUUUAUUGUACCCAUUUGAUGAAGUUUUAUGGCGACCAAGGAUACGAGUUACGAAUUCGAAAUUCAUUUAUACUUCUCUUACUAUUAUUCAACAAGUUUUGCCCGCUUUGUUAAUCAGUUUUGUGAUGAAAGUAAUUGGAAAAUCACUAAGUGUGGACUUAGUCACCUUGCAACAAAAAAUAUAUUUAGCAACAAUAGCGCUGUCGACUUUCACUUUACAGACAUGGGUGUUCACGAAUGAAAAUUUCUUAGGUCUACUUAAACACAUACCAGAUUCCGAAAAAGAAGAUUUUGAUUUCAAUUUUGAAAACAUCAAUGCAGAAGAAACGUUCAAAAAUGUGGUUAUUGGAUGCCAAAAAUAUUUAUUAAACACAAAUUCUAAAAAAACGAUGAAUGCAAAAAAAAAGAUGCAAAAAUUAAUUUGGAUGGAUCGAAUUUUAAGGACUUUAUUUUUUGCUUUACUAGCUUGGUGCUUUUUGAAGUUAAUUCUCGUUCUUUUUUUUAAUAUUUAAAAUCUACUAUAUUUUCCUCAAUUUGUUUAAUUAAGCAAAUAUAGUAGGAUUAAUACAUAAGCUUUAAAUAAAAUUUUUUUUUAAUAAUUUUAAAUUCUGCAAAUAUUUUUUAACAAAUAAAUUAUCGGUGAA